CCCUCUGAGGAAACAUCUGUGCCUCAUUCCGCACCUUACCAAUUCCUCGUUCUUCCUGCCUUUUUCUUCUGCGCGUUUGUCGCUUUUGUCGACCGCUGCAACCUCUUCGCCGCCUGCGGUCUCUUUCUCGCAUUCACUAGCGGUUUUGGUCGCCACGCUUGACAUUGCAUAGCGCCAGUACCCCGUCUCGAAAUGGAAACCCCCGACAACAUCCGCUAUGUUGCUGUUGCACGUCUAACUGACCGCGUCCCUGUUGCGGAAUAUGCUGCCAUCGACUCACGCGAAGUACCUACGAAAUUGCUCGACGAGAAACUGGAAAAAGUGCUCAGGUCAGGCCGUGUUGAGGAGCAUACACGCCUCACCAUCACGGACCGGGAAGUGGGAUCCAUUCACUACGACUCCGACCCUGUUUGCUUGUAUCUUGUCGUCUGUGCGCGUGAGUACCAACAACGCAAUGCCUUCAAGUUCCUUGGAGAGGUGCGGCGCGAAUUUGACGCUAGCUUUGGUAAUGAUGUCCAAACCGCCCGCCAGUCAGGCCUCAGCAGACCCGCAAAGGAGUUAUUGAGAUCGCUCUGUGAGAAAUAUAACAGUGUGCAGAACGUAGACAAAGUCGCCGCAGUGAGCCUUCAAGUGGAAGAGGUCAAAGGUGUCAUGCAGAAUAACAUUCAGAACGUGCUACGUAACCAGGAAAACAUCGAGACAUUGCUUGAUCAGACAGAUACUAUGAAGAACGAAGCAACGGGCUUCCAAAGAUCGGCGAACAGGGCAAAGGACAAGAUGUGGUGGAAGAACACAAAAAUGCAGAUAAUUAUCGUCGUUUUGGUUCUUAUUAUCAUCGGAGGGAUCGUGAUUGGCGUUCUUACGAAUUGAGUCGGCCUCAUUUGAUUGGGAUAGAAUGUUAUGUUCUCUCUAGUGCUCUGCUCCGUUUAAUAUUCUAGCAACACAUGUCACCAUGUGUGCCUCCUCACAAUACUCUUCGCAGCGCUCCUCUGGAGAAGUAGAUCGCCGCACUGCUAACCCGGCGGUUUCUGGAAUCCGGUCGCCUACCGCUUUCAAUGUACACGAAACUUAAUACACAAACAUGCCUUUGACAGAAACAGCAACUCCUUUUCAUUAGCCGUGGCGGUACAACUUUGACUCUGUAAUAAACGGCAACAUGCAGGGGUUUGUGA